AUGUCUCUGCAAAUUAUGCUCAUCUCUUCCUUCAUCUACGCGGGUACUACGAUUCUUCUCGCAUGUUGUUGCUACCUCUUUGUCUCGGACGUCGCUACCACGACGCAUCACACGCUGGUGGACCGCCUUAUUUGGCAGCACGCACGCCACCUGCGCAACUCAAUCCGCAACGUGGUUUUCCUACCACUGGUCCAGCUCAUGUUGCCCCUUUCGAUUCGCAGAAGCCUUGCCAAGUUGUACGAGCGCCGCGUCGUGCAUCUCUCAGGGGCCGCGCUGCAAAACAUAUGCUUGGUGUUAGCCGACACCCAGCUCAUCACUGGGGCUUCUUUGCUCAUAGUACUACGCCUAAAGACAAAUUCGGUCUCCAGGUUUGACUACUAUACUGUCACCAAUCUCGCAUACAUGGCCUUGGUGUCAUAUCAGGCCAUCUUCGUCAUUGUGGCGGACAAGGCGAAGGACACGCCACUCUACAUGCGCCUUUGGCGGUCAUUGUGGCUUCUGGGCCUCUUUGUGGGAGUGGGUUUCACUAACACCAGCAUCUAUAGUAAAGCGUUUGCGAAAGAGACGGACGAGGUGACCUGGUGUGAUCCUAUGGUCGAAGUCACUCUGAAGGACAUUACAGUCUUCACGUUGUCGAGGACGGUAGUCGCUAACCUGAUUGUUGAGAAUGGGGCACUGCUUUGGGGCCUGUGCUCCAUUCUUUCUAUGCUCUUUCCCGGGGUAACAAACUGUCGAGCCGCACAAGCAGCUAUGGCCUGGGUGCAUUUUCUCUUGUGGUGGCCUGCUCGCCGGAAGCUUCAACGUCGACUACCUACUGGGUUUCUCCGCGACGCAUCAAACUUUUGCUGGCUUGCCCUCGCCACUGUCGCCCUCUCGAUUAGAGAGGUACUGUUCUCGCACGCCUUGACGCUGCUGAGGGUCAUCUACAUGUUCGCCUCUGGGCUACAAGAUAUCCUGGGUCUGCGAAGUCAUUCAAUAUUUUGGUGCGAGGGCUUCGAAGACAAUUGGGGAUUUGGCCAAGUCCUGUCUCUUCUACUCCUGGCUUUGCCUGUGUCAUCAUUUCUCGACGAGCUAUGGAAGACAAACUCGCAUGAUGCCACGCAAAACGAAGGUGAUGAGAUGGAGUCGCAAGCUUCAGACCAAAUUCCACUCCGCCUUUAUCGGUCUCAACAAGGUACCUGUGGCCCCGAGGCGACUCCACAGGCGCCACUGACGGCACUGUCCGACAUGCAGGCCUUCCUUCAGGACGACGGCCCGAACAAUAGGAUCAGUGCUAUUGUGAGACCUACCUUGGAGUCCAUGGCCUGGUUCAAGACCCAGCAGGAUGCCAAUCCUGCCUCCAAUAUCGAGAACAUAACGAAGCUAGAAACCCAGCUCUUUGGCAGCCGUUGGUUUCAAUGGUGGGUCAUGUUUCUCAUGGGUCUCUGCCUCGGUCUUGUCAUCUUUUGUAGCCUCACGCUCGGAAUAUCUGGACUUCUUAAACUCAUCAGCAAAACGUAG